AUGGGACAUUCCACAGACGAUGACCCCCUCACACUUGCCAUCGCUCCCCCACCGAACGAGACACCUGAGGAGAAGGAAGCGAGGUUGAAGGCUGAGGCCGAAGCCCGCAGCGUCAGUGAGAAGAUAGACGAGCAGCUGAAGGCCGAGAGGGCGGCGCUGAAGAAGAAGAAGCCAGUCAAAGUGCUGCUGCUCGGCCAAAGUGAGAGUGGCAAGUCGACGACGCUCAAGAAUUUCCAGUUAACAUAUUCUCCAAAGUCAUGGGCGGAAGAGCGCGAGUCAUGGCGGAUCGUCAUUCAGCUCAACAUCACACGCAAUGUUAACAUGAUCCUCGAUCUACUAUCUGAGGAGAUGUCCAAUCCCAGUAUCCUUUUGCAGGGCAGUGUCGAUUCGGAUGAAAGCGAUGAUGACUCCCCUCUGCCUGGCUCCCCAUCAAAUGCACCACUACGAUUUACUGACAAACAUGCGCUACUCAAGCUUCGCCUUGGACCUCUUCGAGGAGUUCAGCGGGACCUUGAGCAGAUCAUUGGCACAUCCUCCAAUGAAGAAGUUUUCUUCGCGCUACCCGGUGAUCCCCAAGCACUAUCUCCCCCAGCAUCCAAAUCACGGCCAAAGGAGGCUUUUAUCCGCGCCAACCAUACCUGGAAGCUGAAUAACAAGUCGCAGCAGGCAGCCGUAAAGCAUUUUAAGGAGAACAAAGUCCACGAGGCCACGGAGAUCAUUGCUGGCUGCGCAGACGACAUGCGUGCAAUAUGGGAUGACGCAACCGUACAGCAGAUGCUCCGGAAACGGCGGAUAAGGAUGGAAGCGAUGUCAGGCUUCUUCUUGAAUGAUGCUGAGCGUAUUGCUAUGCGGAAUUAUCAACCUUCUGACGAUGAUAUUGUCCGGGCUCGUCUGCGUACCCUUGGUGUCCAGGAAUACCCAAUCAAGUUUGAAACAGGACCUGCAACAGGAUCAGACUGGAUAUUGUACGAUGUGGGGGGCUCACGGACACAGCGCGCGGCAUGGUUUCCCUACUUUGACGACUGCGACGCAAUCAUCUUCCUAGCCCCAAUCAGUUGCUUCGACGAGCGGCUCGCGGAAGAUCGCAAGGUGAACCGAUUGGAGGACAGCUAUAUGCUCUGGAGACUCGUCUGUUCAUCGAAACUCCUCGCGAAGACGCAGAUCAUCCUGUUCCUGAACAAGUGCGACCUGUUGGAUCAGAAACUCAAGAGCGGGAUAUUUGUGAAGGAUCAUGUUCGGAGUUACGGAGACCGUUCGAAUGAUGCUGUGACUGCGAGUAAAUACUUUUCAUCACAUUUUAAAGAAAUCAUGAGGCGCCAUUCGCCGGAAUCCAGAACUUUCCGGGUGCAUAUGACGUCUGUCAUCGAUACGACAGCAACUGCUGCGACUCUGGGAGUCGUGGAAGAAGGCAUAUUGCAGGGUCAUCUUCGCUCAGUAGACCUGAUAUAG